GGGCGGGCGGCGGCGAAACUUGUCGGGAAGGCGCAAUAUCACGUAUGUGGAGAGAGUAAGGUAUAUGCGUACGAACGGGAAUGCAAGAAGGGGGAUGGGCUGACAAAUAUGGCCGAGGCGUGCACGUUGGCUUUUCACGCUCCCCAGCACUUUCCAGCCGUCUAUAAAAGCAACGCUUCAUCCGACUCCCUAUUAUCAAUCGAACAUCAAUCCGUCGAGCAACUUGCUUCAUCUUACACCUUUCUAAACAAGCCGCCCUUCUGAUAUCUCAACCACUCAACAUGACUGUCAACAGCGAUUCAAUCGCCGCGAUUCUCGUUACUGGAGCCAACCGAGGUAUAGGCCUGGGCCUCGUCAAAGCCUUUGCCGAGAGGCCAAAUACUAUCGUCUUCGCCACCGCCCGCAACCCCGCAAAGUCUGAGGAAUUGCAAGCCUACGUAAAGCAGCACACCAACGUCCACAUCCUCAAGCUCGAAGCUACAUCUGACGAAGACCACAAGAAAGUUGCGGAGGAGAUCAAGAAGGUCGUGAACGGCUUGGACGUUGUUGUCAUCAACGCUGGCAUCUCUUCACCCAAGGAUGGCUACGGAUCAAAUGUUUCCAUCGAGGCGUUCCGUGAGACGCUCGAGGUAAACACUCUCGGCCCGUUGCGUGGAUGGCAGGCGUUCUCGUCUCUUCUGAAGGCGAAGCAAACUCGCAAAUUCUUCGUAAUCAGCAGUCUGUUGGGAUCCAUCACGGAGAUCCCUCAGGCCGCCGAGUUCCCUACCAUCGCAUACAAUACCUCAAAGUCGGCGGUCAACAGCCUGACCCGGAAGCUUGCGUACGAGAACAAGAAGGAUAACUUCAGCAUCCAACCCCUUCACCCAGGUUGGGUCGCCACCGAUAUGGGCAACACUGGAGCGGCAGCGGCAGGCCUCAAAGAGGCGCCCGUCAAGGUGCCCGAUAGUGUUAAAGGCCUAGUAGCCCUCAUCGACAAGGCAACACCGGAAAACACUGGCACGUUCUGGGGGUUCGAUGGCCAAGAAAUCGCUUGGUAGAGACGGGAUUAGAAGUAGCAUCUAGCAUCUACCGGUAGGGACUCUCUUCGCCUAUAGCAAAUUGCAGGACUGGAAUUGCACUUUUGUAAAUACAUGAAAUAGCAUUCUUUUGGAAUCUUCACCACUGGACCGAACUGUAUGGUGUUUCCGCCUUCAUGGCUUUCUGUCCGCACAGACCGCACAGAAAAACAUGACCGCUCCACCAUAUGAACCGAAGUUGAAGGAGACCCAAAUUUGACGUUGAAACGCCGAAU